AUGAUCGUCACCCUAGUGGUGGCCCAAGAUGACGACGGGUCAUCUGUCUACGCUCCGCCCGAUUUGAUCACCGUUGCAUGCGGCUAUACCGGCCCCCAAUUGAAUUCACUUGAGCAGCGAUAUUGGAUUGGAGAUGUGUAUUCAAAAUAUUCCCCCUUAGAAGAACACCAGUCUGGUCAAGCAUCCGUCGUCAGAGAAGCUCCACCGUCCUCCUCCGUCACCAAAAUGCCUUACACCUGGGCGCGGCUUUCUCGUUCUGCAUUUACUUACAGGUUUUCCCUUGCUACGGACGGCCAAAAGUUCAUCCGCUUGUACUUCAACCCAGUUUCAUAUGGCCCUGACUUGGACCGCUCUAAAGCGCUUUUCUCUGUCGCAGCCGGUGGCUAUACCUUUCUCCACGACUUCAAUGCUUCAGUAACUGCAGAUGCUUAUGGAGUUGAGACGCUGCGCAGAGAGUUCUGUUUGAAUGUUGAUGGAAAAAACCCCCUGAACAUAACAUUUACUCCAAGCCAAUCAAGCCUAGAUGCGUACGCUUUUAUCAACGGAAUUGAGAUCGUAUCCAUGCCUACCAAUCUCAACUACACUGCACCCAAUGGGGUAAUUACUUCUGUAGACAAUGACGGAGGAAAGGAGUUUCGCAUCGGAAACAGCACUGCUCUAGAGACGGUCUAUCGAAUGAACAUCGGUGGAAGCACACUCUCCUCCACUCAGGACACUGGCAUGUUCCGCAAUUGGGAUGGCUUGGCAGAGGAGCAAAAUUAUUUGGAAGCUUCAAGUUUACUUUUCAGCAGGAUAGAACAUGCCAUUAUUGGACUCCACUUUUACAGAAUAGCAAGAUACACAGCGCCAAUACAAGUUUACCAAACUGGCCGGUCAAUAAUGAGCGCGGACUCAACCUUGAACUACAAUAUCAGCUGGGAAUUCCCUGUAGACUCCGAGUUCUCUUACCUAGUUAGGAUGCAUUUUUGUGGGUUUCCACCGGUCGACCAUUUUGGAUCGUUUGAAAUUUACAUAGCCGGUCACAAAGCUGAAGAACAGGCCAACAUAUUGGCAUGGAGUGGUGGAGCUGGAAUUCCAUUGUACAGAGACUACGUUGUGUCCAUGGAUAGCUCUAGAAGCAGCCAGAAGAAGACAAAUCUUUCUAUCGCUAUGUAUGGCCCAUCCAACAGCGCAAUAUUGAAUGGGCUUGAAAUCUUCAAACUGAAUAACUCAAGAGGAAAUCUCGCCGGACCCGGACCCAACCCAGAUCCACGUCACCAAGUACUUCGACCAAAGCUGACGCAUAUGCAUGUCAUUGUUGCUGGUGCAGUUUCCGGCAUAGUUGUCCUGAUUUCUGCCCUCGUAGGAGCUUUCUUGAUUUUCAGGCGAAAUUGGAGGAAAGCCAAGUCCUCGAGUGCCAAUUCUUUACCGCCUUAUUCGUGUCGUUACUUUUCACUGGCAGAGAUCAAAGCCGCUACCCAAAACUUUAACAGUUGUUUCAUUAUUGGAGUUGGAGGGUUUGGGAACGUGUACAAAGGAUGCAUUGAUGGUGGGGCCACCCCGGUUGCAAUCAAACGGCUGAAACCCGAGUCAUCACAGGGGGCACACGAGUUCAAGACGGAGAUCGAGAUGCUCUCGCAGCUUCGCCAUCGCCAUUUGGUUUCUCUCAUCGGAUAUUCAAGUGAUAAAGGUGAAAUGAUUUUGGUGUAUGAUUACAUGGCACGGGGGACUCUAGCUGACCAUCUCUACCACCGCAAAGAUAACCUGCCCCCGCCUCCUCUUCUUUCUUGGGAACAACGGCUUAAUAUUUGUAUAGGUGCUGCGCGAGGGCUGCAGUCCCUCCACAAUGGGGCCAAGGGCAACAUCAUCCACCGCGACGUGAAGAGCACCAACAUCUUGUUGGACGAGAAAUGGGUGGCCAAGGUUUCGGAUUUUGGGUUGUCAAAAUUGGGCACCGCCGACACGUCCAAGACGCACAUCAGCACAGUGGUAAAAGGAAGUUUCGGGUAUCUGGACCCGGAAUAUUACCGACUACAACACCUGACUGAGAAGUCGGAUGUAUAUUCAUUUGGGGUAGUGUUGUGUGAGGUGUUGUGUGCUAGGCCAGCCGUGAUGCAUACAGAUACAGUGGAGCUGGGGCAAAUCAACUUGGCUCAGUGGGCCAAGAGAUGUUACCGUGAUGGGAAACUGGAUCAAAUUAUUGACCCAAGCAUUAAUAGGGGUGGUAAGAUGAUUGAAACUGAGGGCUUGAAUAAGUUUGUUGAGAUCUCAAUGAGUUGCACGCAUGAUAAUGGCAUCGAACGACCAUCGAUGAAUGAUGUUGUGAGGGGGCUUGAGUUUGCAUUGCAGCUUCAUCGCAACUGCGUUGAAAGCAACGCUAGUAGUAGUGAGCAAAGUUGUGUGACCGAUGAAUCCAUUAAAUGCAUAUCCGCCACCAUCUUCUCUGAGAUCAGGGAUCCCAGUGGGAGGGUCACUCAGAGCUUAGCCCUUGAAAGUAUUAAUAGCUUAUUGACUUUUCAAGGCACCAUCAUCCACCGUGACGUGAAGAGCACCAACAUCUUGUUGGACGAGAAAUGGGUGGCCAAGGUUUCGGAUUUUGGGUUGUCAAAAUUGGGCACCGCCGACACGUCCAAGACGCACAUCAGCACAGUGGUAAAAGGAAGUUUCGGGUAUCUGGACCCGGAAUAUUACCGACUACAACACCUGACUGAGAAGUCGGAUGUAUAUUCAUUUGGGGUAGUGUUGUGUGAGGUGUUGUGUGCUAGGCCAGCCGUGAUGCAUACAGAUACAGUGGAGCUGGGGCAAAUCAACUUGGCUCAGUGGGCCAAGAGAUGUUACCGUGAUGGGAAACUGGAUCAAAUUAUUGACCCAAGCAUUAAUAGGGGUGGUAAGAUGAUUGAAACUGAGGGCUUGAAUAAGUUUGUUGAGAUCUCAAUGAGUUGCACGCAUGAUAAUGGCAUCGAACGACCAUCGAUGAAUGUUGUUGUGAGGGGGCUUGAGUUUGCAUUGCAGCUUCAUCGCAACUGCGUUGAAAGCAACGCUAGUAGUAGUGAGCAAAGUUGUGCGACCGAUGAAUCCAUUAAAUGCAUAUCCGCCACCAUCUUCUCUGAGAUCAGGGAUCCCAGUGGGAGUAUCAUGAACAACUUCUCAAUCAGCAAUUACCUUUCCUUGUUUCUGUCCACCAUCGUCAUCCUACUCGUGGCUGCUGGAGAUUCGCCACCUAUCUACACUCCGGUGGAAGAUAUCACCGUCAAAUGUGGCUAUUCCGGCACUUCGUUCAACGAACAUGAUCGCCGAAAUUGGAUUGGAGAUAUCAACUCAAAAUUUUCCCCCUUUGAACGCCAAGCAGUUGGUAACACAUCCAUAUUCAAACAAGCACCUCAUUCGAACACCGUCCAACAAGUGCCUUACACCACAGUGCGACUUUCUCGCUCUGAAUUUACUUACAGUUUUGAACUCACUAGCGGCCCAAAGUUCAUCCGCUUGUAUUUCAACCCAGUUUCUUAUGGCCCUGACUUUGACCGAUCCAAAGCCAUCUUCUCAGUCAAAGCCAGGGGCUUUAACCUUCUCCAAGACUUCAAUGCUUCAGUCACUGCCGAUGCGUCUGGGUUGGACAGAAUAUACAAAGAGUUCUGUUUGAACAUGUAUAAAGAAGAGAGCUUGAACAUCACAUUCACUCCGAGCAUAACAAUCCCAGAUGCGUAUGCGUUUAUCAACGGAAUUGAAAUUGUGUCCAUGCCCACCGAUCUUUACUACGGUUUACCCAAAGGUGAAACUAUAGGCACCGGAAGUUACUUUUCCCUCGAAAACAGCACUGCUCUAGAGAUGGUCUACAGAAUAAACGUCGGUGGAAACUCAAUCUCUUCCAAUCAAGACACUGGCAUGUACCGCAAUUGGGAUGGUUUUCAAGAGGAGCGGAAUUACUUGGACAAUGUAAGUUUAACAAGGAGCGUUCUAACACAAAACUUGAGUAUUCAACUCAACUUUUCUGAAAUACCAGCGUACACAGCGCCAAAGCAAGUUUACCAAACCGCCCGGUCUAUGCGCAUAAACGCUACCAUGAACCAGAACUACAAUCUCACCUGGGAAUUCCCUGUAGAUUCCAUGUUUCUUACCACGAUAAUAGAUCCGUCGUUUCUGUUUUACAUAUCCAAUCCAACCAGCGGAUUUCCAACAGUAUGGAACUUCGGAAAUAAGAUUGAAUUGACCUAUGGGAUUCCAAACUAUUCGGACUACACAGUGUUUGUGUCUGGCCCCGUACCCGAGCCCAAAGUUAAUCUCUCUAUCGCACUACUACAAGUGUAUUCGUUCAACGAAUACGAUGCAUUUCUGAAUGGUCUCGAAAUCUUCAAACUGAUUUUCCCAAAUGGUAAUCUCGCCGAUCCCGACCCACCAAAGGGUACGACGUCAAGCUCAAAAAUACCCAAAAACAAGGCAAGGACGCGUAUGCUUGCCAUCGUCGCCGGGGUAGUUUCCGGCGUACUUGUGCUUUCUGUCUUCGCAUUCUUUGUCUACAGACGAAGAUGGAAAGUCAAGUCCUCUGGCUCCACCCAAGGGACGACUAAGUCAACAAAGACCUACGAGUCAUCUUUACCGUCUGAUUUGUGUCGUUCCUUUUCACUUACUGAGAUCAAAGCUGCCACCCAAAACUUCAAUAAAACUUUCAUUAUUGGAGUAGGAGGAUUUGGGAACGUGUACAAAGGCUGCAUUGAUGGUGGCGCCACCCCUGUUGCAAUCAAACGACUGAAACCCGAGUCAUCACAGGGGGCUCAUGAGUUUAAGACGGAAAUCGAGCUGCUCUCUCAACUCCGUCAUCGCCAUUUGGUUUCACUCAUUGGGUUCUGCACCGACAAAGGCGAGAUGAUCUUGGUCUACGAUUACAUGGCACGUGGGACUCUCGGUGGCCAUCUCUACCGCUCCGAUAACCCACCUCUUUCAUGGGAACAACGGCUUCAAAUUUGUAUUGGCGCAGCCCAAGGGUUGUGCUACCUUCACAGCGGUGCCAAGGGCUCUGUUAUUCACCGCGAUGUGAAGAGCACAAAUAUUUUAUUGGAUGAUAAAUGGGUGGCAAAGGUUUCGGAUUUUGGGUUGUCCAAAAUGGGCACAACAACCGGGUCCAAAACCCACAUCAGCACGGCGGUGAAAGGUAGUUUCGGGUAUUUGGAUCCGGAAUACUAUCGAUGUCAGCGGCUGACUGAGAAGUCUGAUGUGUACUCAUUUGGUGUCGUGUUGUGCGAGGUAUUGUGUGGGAAGCCAGCUUUGAUUCAUACGGCGGAGGGGACUCGAAUGAGCCUUGCUGAGUGGACCAGGAGAUGUCAUCGCGACGGGGAACUUGAUCAAAUCAUCGACCCAAGUUUGAGGGGUAUGAUUGGAGCCGAGUGCCUGAAUAAGUUUGGUGAGAUUGCUGUGAGCUGCAUCCAGGAUAAUGGGGUUGACCGGCCUUCGAUGAAUGAUGUUUUGAGGGAGCUUGAGCUUGCCUUGCAGCUUCAUCAAAAGAGCAUUGGAAGUAAGGGUGACAAUGAGGUUGUCUUUCACAGUGACACUACUGCCAAAGCUAGCAGCAGUGAGCUGACUUGUGCAACCGAUCAAUCUAUUCAACGUAUAUCCGGAACAAUCUUUUCUGAGAUUAACGAUCCGAAUGGAAGAUGAUGAGCAAUGUGGCUAGAAGCAUAGGCACUUACGAUCGAGGGGCCUGGACUAUGAUUUCAGUGGGAUAGUAAAUAUAUUACAUCAAUGUUUCAUAUCAGCUGUAUUUGAACCAAAUUAAUUGAAUUAAAAAUUAGGGGCAAUGAGUCGUUUACUCAGGUUAUGUUUAUUGUAGUUGUU